CCCAACAAAAUCACCCGCGCGAGCUGUCUAGCAACCGUCAAGAAAAAAGGGAGCGCAAAUAUUCAGUGCAAACUCGAGAAGUGAGGCGAGUAAAUUUUUGAUGAGUGAUUAAAGUCUGCAAGGUGGUUGAUUGUGUUGUAGAUUUGCCUUGGAAAUGGACAGUACCAAAGACGUGCAGGCAGAGCUGGACUCUGUGGAGGCCAAGCUGGAGGUGGUGGAGCUGCAGAUAGCUGAGCUGCUGAAGAAGCAGGCUAGCCUGACCUCCAAGAAGAAACAGCUGCUCGGCAGGCUGGAAGAGCCAUGUGACUCCACCCAGCCCUCUGGACCUGCAAUGACCAAGCAGGAGCUGUUGCGCUAUGAGAAGGAUGAUUUCUCGUGGUCAACAAAGCUGAAGCAGAAUCUGAAGGAUGUGUUCCAGCUCUCUAAGUUCCGUCCUCUCCAGCUGAAGGCCAUCAACCUUAGUAUGUCUGGUAAAGACCUCUUCCUAGUGAUGCCGACUGGACGAGGGAAAAGCCUCUGCUAUCAGCUACCUGCAGUCUGCUCUGAGGGUUUCACUCUGGUAGUAACUCCUCUAGUUUCUCUGAUGGAGGAUCAGCUCAUGUACUUAAAGUCCAUCGACGUUGAAGCCGUCUCUCUCAACGCAUCCAGCAGUAAGGAACAUGCUAAAAUGGUCCUAGCUGAGAUGACGGACACCAAAGCGCCUUUCAAGCUGCUGUAUGUGACUCCGGAGAAGAUCGCGAAGAGCAAGCUGCUGAUGUCGAGGCUGGAGAAGGCCUACAAUGCAGGCAGGCUUAGCCGUAUUGCUGUGGACGAGGUGCACUGCUGCAGCCAGUGGGGACAUGACUUCAGACCUGACUACAAGCUCCUGGGGAUCCUGAAGAGGCAAUUCCCAAAGGUUCCGUUGCUAGGGCUGACGGCCACGGCAACCAGCAGUGUUCUAAAGGACUGUCAGAAGAUCCUGUGUGUCCCUGAGCCAAUCACACUCACCGCCUCCUUCAACCGCACCAACCUCUACUACGAGGUACGCCUUAAAGAUUCGAACAGUGAUGAUUCAAUCAGUGACAUCUCCACACUGAUCAAGGAGCGAUAUAAGGACCAGUCAGGGAUAGUGUACGUGUUUUCCCAGAAGGAUGCAGAGACGGUGUCAGCAGACCUACAGAAGAAAGGCCUCAACGCAUCUCCAUACCACGCUAACAUGAAUCCAGAGGACAAGUCACAGGUUCAUCGCAAAUGGGCCACCAACAAGAUCCAGGUGGUGGUAGCUACUGUGGCGUUCGGGAUGGGGAUCGACAAGGCUGACGUCAGAUUUGUCAUCCAUCACACCAUCAGCAAGUCCAUAGAGAACUACUAUCAGGAGAGCGGACGAGCAGGCAGAGACGAUAAGCCGGCUGACUGCAUUGUGUACUUUGGCUUCAACGACAUCUUCAGGAUCAGCACCAUGGUUGUCAUGGAGAACGUAGGACAACAGAAGCUGCUGACCAUGGUCGACUACUGUCAGAAUGUAGACAGGUGUCGGCGCUCAGUGAUCGCUGUUCACUUUGAUGAGGUUUGGAAAGAUGAAGGAUGCAACGAGAUGUGUGACGUCUGUCGCCAUGGCAAUGACUACAUCACGGUGGACAUCACGCAGCAUGCUAAAGAUCUGGUCCAGAUUGUGGAGCUGGCGGGCUCUCUGGAUGAGAAACUGACCCCCCUGAAGGUGACCGAGACGUGGAUGGGGAAGGGUCCGGCCAAACGCAGGAAGAUGAUCCAGACCACCACCCUGUCUCGCCUGGAGGUGGAGGCCAUCAUCACAAGCCUACUGCUGCAGGGCUACCUUAGUGAAGACUUCAGUUUCACUCCGUACACCACCUACUUCUACCUGAAGCUGGGUCGUAAGGCACCACUGCUGAAGAACCAGAGUCACUCCAUCACCAUGAAGAUGAGGAGGACAGGCCUGGACGCCAACACGGUAAAAGUGUCCCAGGUAAAGACCAAAGGAAAGAGAUCUGGUGUCAAUGCUGCAAACUCCCCUGUCACCAAGAAAGUCAAGAAAGACCUCUAGUGCCCCCCUGAAGAGACCAAAGAAAAAGAGGACCAAUUAGCUGCUGGAGUUAAAGAGGUGGUGGUGACCUCCCAGUCUCCUCCUCCUGUUGCCCCCAACGACAGCAGCACUCCCCCUCCCAGACACAACAAACUGAUCAAGAUGGAUAAAGAGCAGCAGAAUCUGGCCAGGAAACAAGACAAGGACCCUGACCAGACAGAAUGUCAAACAGGGUACGACCAGAAUGACCCUGCUGCUGCCCAGCCCACUGCCAUUGAAGUAGACGUAGAGAUCAAUAUUAUAGAGAAAGUUAAUGACAGCGAAUCCCCACUACCACCAUUAAAACUAAAUCCAAAACCUAAAUCAACAACCCCUCAAAAGAAGCGAAGGAAACCCUGUACUGCUGCGGUCCCAGCGCCUUCAGAAGGUGCAGUUACAGACUCUGACCACCGGAGGCCAGCAUUGGUCAACUCUCCCUCCCAGGUCUCCAUCAUCUCUGAGGCUGCAGUGGAGGAGCUCUGUGACCUGAGGAACUACUACAGCAAACAGCUGAGGCGGAUAAACUACAUUUCCCAUGAGUACUUGCAGAAUCAGGGGUGCUCAGACCCAGGGGUGCUGGCCUGUAUCAGAGAGCCACUAAAGAGCCUGCGCCUCCCCCGUGGCUCAACCAUCGCCCGGACAGCACGCAACCUGUGGACCAGAGUCAGCUCCAGAAGGAAACUCAUCCAAAGAUGAACCUUGACCCUACAUGGGACAGUUAACAUUCAGAUGUGGACAAUACUGUAUCUCUCUCUUUCACGUCUCACAUUGCCAGACCUAGAGCCCUGGGGCAGACGAGUACUUUUUUCUGUACCACUUGAUGUUCUAUUUUUCUGGAUUGGCUUUGACAGAGAAUAUCCCCAUCCAAGUUAGUUUGUAAUAUUUUACGGUUGGAUCAAUACCACUGUUAGCCUAAGAUGAAGAGCUGUUUUUGUUGACAUUUCAAUAUUUUACUUUGGAUAAACUAACUCACAUGAACUGAAAGGUUUGUUGAACUGAAGAAUGUUUUCACAAUGUAUUAUGUCACUUUUUUAAAUAUUCGAGCAUACCCUUAUCUAACAGCCACAAUGUGCACGCUAGUGAAUUUGAUUCACUCUAAUACGUUUUAUAAUACUGCACUGCAGCUUUGGAAUAAGAAGGUCCAUUCACAUUUGAGGAACACAGUAUAUAUCUUUAGCUAUCAUUAAUAAAAAUCAGAUUUUAAAAUGUAAA